CGUCGUUUUCUUUUUUAGAUUCUCAUUCGCCGAGACAACACAAAUCUUGAAAAAAAUCUAUGGUAAGGAAAGUCAGGCAAGAUUUGUAAAAUGUCGGUUGAGGUUCUUGUCUUCUGGACUAAGUCGAAAUCUAUCUUUGACGUCAGCAAUUAAAUCCCAAUUUCCAAAGGGCCCUAUGAAAAAAGGGAAUGAUGAAGGAGGUUGCAGAAAACAUGGAGGCUGAAUCUGUUAAGGCAAAUGAUAGAAAACGAUCUUUGCAUGAAAAUUCUGGGGUUUCAACCAAUUCUGCUUCUUUUUCAAUAGCCAAUAUCGAAAUGCAAGAUAAUAUUGUAGAAGUAAAUAAGUCACAAACUUCAAUUGUGGGAACUUUAGAGACAGGCAAGGCUGUGGCUCAAAUUUUUUCAGAAGUAAGAUCAGCCAUAAAAAAGAAGACCAAGUUUAGGAAAAGGAUGGAGGAGCAGCAGCAGCUUGAUUCCUCAGAAAAUAGUGCUCAAAGUCAAACUGAUAAGCUGCCUGAGGAAGUUGGCCUUAGUAACACUGAUAAAAUGAAUACUAUUUCAACUCUAACUCUAUCAGAUGAAGGAAAUAGUGAAGAAAAGAUUGAUUCCUUCAAUGCAAAUGAAACAAAUGAUGAUUCUCUUGGUAUUAUUAGACCUCCUGUUAGUCAAUUGAGGAAUAAACUUCUUGUUCUUGAUUUGAAUGGGUUACUUGCUGAUAUAGUCUAUCCUCCUCCAUUGAAUUACACAGCAGAUGCAUACAUUGUAGGACGGGCAAUUUUUAAGAGACCUUUCUGCGAUGAUUUUUUAAGGUUUUCUUUUGAGAGGUUUGAGGUUGGUAUUUGGUCUUCAAGAAACAGGAAAAAUGUGGAAAGAUUCAUUGAUUUUCUGAUGGGAGAUAUGAAGCAUAAAUUACUGUUUUGUUGGGAUUCAUCUUACUGCACCACGACUCAAUUCAAUACUCCUGGGCAUAGAUAUAAGCCCUUGGUUUUUAAAGACUUGAGGAAGAUCUGGGAAAAACAUGAUCCUGAUCUUCCAUGGGAGAAGGGAUAUUACAAUGAAUCAAAUACGUUGUUGAUAGAUGAUUCUCCUUACAAAGCACUGCUUAAUCCCCCACAUACUGCGAUAUUUCCUUAUUCAUUCAAGUUCGAGAGGAAUGACAAUUCGUUAGGUGAUGGAGGUGAUCUUAGAGUUUAUUUGGAAAGACUAGCUUCAGCUGAGGAUGUACAGAACUUUAUAGAGCAAAACCCCUUUGGUCAGAAAGCUAUCACUGAAAGAAGCCGUGAUUGGGGUUUCUACAGCCAGGUUAUCGAUACAUGUGUUCGUUCUGAAGUACAAAAUAAUGUAAGAUCUCCCAGCUUAACUCAUAGUUUGGAUUCUGUUGGUGAAAAUAAAGUCUAGUAUAAGCAACUUACAUGCAGAGAGAAUUUGAUAACAAGCAAAAAUGUGAAGGUCUAGGGAGGAUUCGUUUCUGAGAAUUGCUAUAUUUUGCUUUGUUUUUGUGUCAUGCUUUUAUAAUUUUGUAUUUUUUGUUGGAUCACAUAUAGAUUGUUACCUAUUGUACCUUCUUUAUAUAUAUAUAUAUAUCAUAAAGUGUGUAAUUUUUAAGGCAAGCUAAUGUGGAUGAAGUUGGUUAACAUUAAUGUAUCAAUCCGACGAAGUCCAUAUUUCAAUCUUUGUGGUGCAUCAUGCUUCCGGAAAUA